AUGAGCUCCCUCUCUCCGGCCGACGAGGCGCAAUUGAAGGCACAGCUGCAAGACGCGGUUGUCGCGUGCACCGAGCGCUGCCUGUACCACUCGGCGAAAUGGUGCGUCGAUGACAGGGCAAUUGAUGGAGCUGAACUGCUCAACUCGCUGCCCGCCUCCGAGGAUGACGCCUCUGACACUGACGUCGACUCGCCCAUGUCAGAGGCUCUUCCACCACACACGCCGAACCCUGCCCCCAAAGACGCCAUUGAGCAGCGGCUCGAGGCUCGAGAGGCGCACAAAUAUCUCCUUGCGAAGACGUACUUUGACUGCCGGGAAUACGAUCGAUGCGCCGCCGUCUUCCUCCCUGGCCCUCUCCCCAAGGCCCAUGCCCACGCAACACCAACAUCUCCCCUCGCCAAGAACAAGCAUGCCGCGAAAGGAAAGGCAAAGACGGGUACCCCCACCAAGACCAAGUUUCAGUCUGAGUCGGUCGCUGGACUGAGCCAGAAGUCACUGUUCCUUGCACUCUACGCCAAAUACAUCGCCGGCGAGAAGCGCAUGAACGAGGACAGCGAGAUGAUACUGGGCCCGCAGGACGGCGGUGUCACGCUGAACAAGGAGCUGCCGGGCAUAUCGGCGAUCCUCGAGGAAUGGUUCAAGGCUCUACCCGCCAGCGGACGGCAACCCCAGGGCUGGCUCGAGUACCUCUACGGCAUCGUCCUCGCAAAGGGCAAGAACGAGAAGCUGGGCCAAGGACUUCCUCAUCCAGAGCAUCCAUCAGAGUUGAUGGCUCUGCUACACACGAUCGAAGACCUCGGCGAGGUAGUUCCCUUGCUACCGCAGAAUCUCAUGGCUUUCAUCUUCCAUGUGCACGCCUCGCAGGAGCUGUACGCCGUCACCGACUCGGUCCACACACAGCUGUCCCAGAUUCUGUCCAUCUUCCCUGAACGUGCUCUGCUGCACUACCACAACAAGGACUUCGACGAUGCCGAGCAGAUAUUCUCCGACCUGCUCAUCUCCGAUCCGCACCGCGUCGACCAUCUCGACAAUUACUCCAACAUCCUCUAUGUCAUGGGCAUGCGGCCGAAGCUUGCCUUCUUGGCCCAACUCGCGACGUCGACCGACAAGUUCCGCCCCGAAACGUGCUGUGUUGUUGGCAACUACUACUCGCUCAAGUCCGAGCAUGAAAAGGCCGUCAUGUACUUUCGCCGAGCCUUAACGUUGGAUCGCACAUUCCUCUCUGCCUGGACGCUGAUGGGCCACGAGUUUGUCGAGAUGAAGAACACACAUGCGGCCAUCGAAUCGUACCGGCGGGCCGUGGACGUAAACCGCAGAGACUACCGCGCAUGGUACGGACUUGGCCAGACAUACGAGGUUAUGGAGAUGCAUUCAUACGCACUCUUCUACCAUCAGCGCGCAGCUGCUCUCCGACCCUACGACCCCAAACUCUGGAUGGCUGUUGGACAGUGCUUUGGCAAGGUCGGCAAGAACAUGAACGGAAUUCGGGCAUACAAGCGUGCGCUGGUUGCCGGCUCCUAUUACGACCACGGCGUGGGUUCGUCCUUUGGCAGCGGCGAAGUCUCCGGUCUCGGCGGUGGCGUUCUCGAUCCAGAAGUGCUGUACCAAAUCGCGCUACUCUACGAGCGCAUACACAACAUGGCCGAAUGCGCGUCGUACAUGGAGCUUGUGCUCGCGCAGGAAGACGGCCCAGAGUACGACGAGGUUGGGUCUGAGGGUACUGGUGGUGUUGGUGUGACAGCAACCACGAGCAAAGCUAGGCUGUGGCUUGCAAGAUGGGAAUAUAUGCGUGGUAUGUAUCAGCGAGCCAUGGAGCUGGCAAAUGAAUUGUGCCAGGACGGCGUGGAGGUGGAAGAUGCAAAGGCGCUUGUACGGGACAUUAGGGCGAGGCAAGACAGCCAACGAGGUGAUGCGGGUGCUUGA